GAUGUAACACUGUAAACUUUAAAGGGCUCGUACAGCUUUUUUUUUAAGUUACUGAAAAGUCCAAACAAAUAUCAAGAUGGGUGAGGUGUCUGCAGAUCUAGUCACCCUGGAUCUGCUGAGAGAAGCCAGGGAGACAGUGAGAAGCAGCCCGCUGGGUGUCAUCAACACUCCAACGAUCCCUUGGUGCCAGACAACUCUGCCUCUCAACAUCAACUGCGACAUCAUCAUCAAGCUGGAGAACAUGCAGAGAACUGGGUCGUUUAAGAUCAGAGGAGUGGCCAAUCAAUUCGCCAAGCGACAGAAGGAUGGUCAUUUUGUCACGAUGUCUGCUGGAAACUAUGGGAAGUCCUUCGCCUAUGCCUCCAAACACUUUGGAUCAAAGGGUAAGGUGGUAAUGCCAGAGACUGCUCCGGUGUCCAGAUCCGUCCUCAUACAGAGUUUUGGGUUGGAAGUGGAGCGAGUUCCAACUUCCUGUUUGAUGAAUGUGGUGAACCGCUGCGUUCAGGAGGACAACAUGACCUUCCUGCACUCAUAUGAUGACCUGGAUCUAAUAGCAGGACAUGCCAGUCUAGGUAUGGAGUUGCUUGAGGUGAUGCCCAUGCCCGAUGUGGUGGUGGUGUGCUGUGGCGGAGGGGGUCUGCUGGCGGGUGUAGCUUCUGCCGUCAAAUUGUCCGGCUGUGAUGAGACCAAAAUCUACGGCGUGGAACCAGAAGGAGCAUGCACAAUGUAUAAAAGCUACAUCGAGAAGAAGCCAGUGGGCAUGGACACCAAGAGCAUCGCCUCAGGACUUGCACCACCUUUUGCAGGCACACUGCCCUUUGAGCUGUGUCAGCGUUAUGUUGAGGGGAUUGUCCUCGUAAGCGACCAAGAGAUUCAGAAGGCAGUUUCCAUCCUUUACGCUUCUGGACUGGUGGUGGAGCCUUCAGGCUCCGCUGCUGUGGCUGCCAUCCUGAACAACAAGAUCCCUGAUCUGGAGGGGAAGAACAUCGUGUGCAUCAUCAGCGGAGGGAACAUCGGAAAAGACGAGCUUUCUAACAUCCCAGACUAAACAAAUGUGAAGAAUAUGAUUUUAAAAACUCUGCAGUUUGACUUUCUAUUGUCUUUGUAAUAUACAUGUGAUGUCUUCAGAGUGUAAAGAUUACAAACUGUGGUAUCUUGAAGCUGAAAACUAUCAAAUCACUUCAUUGUCAUAUUAUUUUGUAAAAGUAUUGUAACACAAUGUUUCAUCAAUUAUGAUCAAAUGAGUUCAUGUCUGGACCAUCAUGUGAUUCUUUUAUGGAUAUUUAAAGUGCAGCAAUCUCAAUAAGAUUCAUAUAAAUUACUUUUUAAUACACUUUA